AUGGGAGGCUUCCUCACCCUAGUCGAGGACCGACCGACGCCCAAGAACGUCUACAACUGGAGAGUCUACGCAUCUGCAGCGAUUGCCAGUUUCGCCUCAUGCAUGAUCGGUUACGACUCUGCCUUCAUCGGCACGACAUUGGCAUUGCCGGCGUUUAUGGACGAGUUCAAGUUCGGCGAGAUGAGCGAUUCGCAUCUCGCUCUCGUCAAGUCCAACAUCGUUUCCAUCUACCAAGCGGGCGCCUUCUUUGGCUCGUUCUUUGCAUACCCCUCUGCAUUCUAUCUCGGCCGCAAGCUGAGUCUCAUCAUCUUCUCCCUCGUCUUCAUACUCGGCGCUGGCCUGAUGUUGGGUGCCAACGGCGACCGUGGCCUUGGCCUUAUAUACGCCGGACGAGUCCUUGCUGGUAUUGGAGUCGGUGCGGCCUCCAUGAUCACGCCAAUCUACAUCAGUGAGAUUGCACCUCCUGCAAUCCGUGGCCGCAUUGUCGGCAUAUACGAGCUUGGGUGGCAGAUCGGAGGCCUCGUUGGAUUCUGGAUCAAUUACGGCCUCUCUGAGACCAUGGCACCGAGCCACAAGCAAUGGAUCAUUCCCUUCGCGGUCCAACUCAUCCCAGCUGGACUGCUUCUCACUGGAGCCUUCUGGAUCAGGGAGAGCCCACGCUGGUUGUUGAGCAAGCAUCGCCGCGAGCAGGCGUUGAACAACCUGUGCUGGAUGCGAAACCUAGGAGCUGAAGAGCUUUACAUGGUAGAAGAGGUGGCAAUGCUGGACGCUGCUAUGGAGGAGCAGGCCGCGACCAUCGGUGAGGGCUUCUGGAAGCCUUUCAAGGCUGUCGGCCGCAGCCGCAAGGUACAAUGGCGAUUCAUCCUUGGUGGCCUGCUCUUCAUGUGGCAGAACGGAUCCGGAAUCAACGCCAUCAAUUACUACUCUCCAACCGUAUUUGAAGCCAUUGGUGUCUCCGGGACCAACACUGGCUUCCUCACCACUGGUAUCUUUGGCGUCAUCAAGACUGUCCUGACCUUUGUGUGGAUGUUCUUCCUCAUUGACAACCUCGGAAGAAGGAACCUGCUCAUCAUUGGUGCUGCUGGCGGUUCCAUCUGCAUGUGGAUUAUCGGUGGCUACAUUUCCACUAGGGAUGUGUCUCAGACCUCCGGCAGCUUGAGCAGCGGUGGCAUUGCUGCCAUAUUCUUCUUCUACCUGUGGACAGCCUUCUACACGCCAUCGUGGAACGGUACCCCUUGGGUCAUCAACUCCGAAAUGUUCGACAUGAACACUCGUGGCCUGGGUCAAGCCUCUGCAGCAGCCAACAACUGGUUCUGGAACUUCAUCAUCUCUCGCUUCACUCCCCAAAUGUUCGACACGAUGGGCAACAGCGGUUGCGGUGUCUUUUUCUUCUUCGCCUCCAUGAUGAUUGCCAGUAUCGUCUUCGUCUGGUUCCUUUUGCCAGAGACCAAGUCCAUCCCACUCGAGGAUAUGGACCGCCUGUUCGAGACCAAGCCUGUGCGAAAGGCGAACAAGAUCAUUAUCGACCAGGAUCGUGAAAGGGAUGCUGAGUUCCGUCACGAUGCCGAAGGUGCGGGUUUGAGUGUUGCAAAGGAGAAGAUGGACCAUGUUGAGAAGACUAUGGAGAGGGACAGUGAUAUUUGA